GCCAGCAUGGCCCCCAAAUUCUAUGUAGUAGCACGCGUCGAAUCGAGGGAAGGGGCGCUACCCAUUUGGAGAGAUCGGAUCACGUCACUAGUGGACGUCUCCGCUAGCGAACGCUUGGGAGACUCUUACUAUUGGGGCCACUCCCUUGGUCCAGACACCGAUACGAUAAUCGGCCUGGAGGGAUAUACACAUCCUGUGGGAUUUUUCAUGGGUCAUUUCGAGACGGACGUUUUCAAAGCACAAACAAAACUGAUAGACGGCGACGAACUUCUCAAGACCCAACAGGGAUUGGAUAGUCCCGACUACGAUCUGCAUCACUACGACCUCGAGGGCGGCUGGCUCAAGCGAGCCGACGACCCUGAGAAAGACUCGAAAACUAGCCAUGUAUCAGUCUACCAUUUUUGGACCGCAGAGGAAUCACAGCGCCCCGAAUUGUUGAAGAAAUUGGUCGCAUUCGCUGAUGGUCUGAAGGGGACCCAGGGCCCCAGUGGGCCUGUGCAGAGCGCUGCAGUUCUCAAAGAAAUCAGGCACCCCACUAUGGCUACAUUUUGGCUACGAACAAAGAAUACGGAUGCGUACAACGACUUCAAGUCCUCUGCCCCCUUUACGAAGUUUCUUGAGGAUGUCAAAAAGAUCACUGCAAAUACGAAAGUGCUUGAAUCACAGGCAUUCAAUGGACAUCUGGAGCUCAAACCUCCCCAGAUCUGAUCCUCUUCUAUUUCCUUUUCCAUUGCGUUGUUGUAGGCAAAAUUGUCGGGUGCAAGUAAUGUAGAACCCCUGAGAAUGCAUACACCCUGCAAGACUGAUUCGCUGAGCCACGGUCUCUUGA